CACACGCACACCACUGGCCUCAUUCCAAAAACAACUGCUAUGGUGUUGCCAAGCUUUCUCGGCGCUGUAGUGAAUACAUGCACGUCUCCAUGACUGACCCUUUCUAAAAAGCGCACGAGUUAAGAAGUGUAGCACUUUUGACAGGACUUGACUACUGCAUGAUUGACAUCUGUAUCAUUUGUCUUAGCGUACGCUUUUAAAAUAAAAUCAAAUAAACGAGAAAGAGUGUUAGAGAAAAAGUGUAACAUAACUAAAAACAAUGUGCUCCUGCUGGAUCAUUCAUUUCGCGGCGGUCUGUUGGAUUUCCCUGACUUGUUUCGUUCAAACUGGAUUUUCUGUGGAAUAUAGAGCAGAACCUGACAGACAGACGCUUAGCGGGGAUUCGCGUGUAUUCCUUCAGAGAAUUAAGCGACAGGCAAGACCCCCAAAAGCUGCACUGAAGAUCACAGAUUUCCAUGUGCUCUCUACGGUGGUCUCCCGGUACGCUGUCACCACGGUGGAGAGCUCCAUGUGGAAUCAGCACACAGCUGUCAGAGAGGCCAUUUUCGAGAUGGAUCUGCCAAGCUCUGCCUUCAUCUCUAACUUCACCAUCACUGUCAACGGCAGGGUGUAUGUGGCUGAUGUGAAAGAGAAGGGUGAAGCUAAGAAGAUUUACGAGGAGGCGAAGAAGAAAGGAAAGACAGCUGGGCAUGUGGCUGCCAAGGAGCGCGAGACAGAGAAGUUCCGGGUAUCUGUGAGUGUUGCGGCCGGCUCUCGGGUGACCUUCACACUGACUUACGAGCAGCUGCUGCAGCGCCGGCUCGGACGCUAUGAGAUUGUCCUGAGUGUCCGGCCAGGCCAACCCGUCAAGAACUUGACCCUGGAGCUGUCCAUCUCGGAGAGGACCGGCAUCAACUUCAUUCGAGUGCUGCCCCUCCGGACCAGCAAGCUGCUGUCCAACACACUGCGAGCAGGUGAUGCAGACACGCUCCCCUCCACGACAGUGCAGCAGAGCCCUCACUGCGCCCGGGUCCGCUUCACCCCCUCUCUGCAGGAGCAGGUUGCACGCUCCUCUGCGGCCGGCAUUGCCGGUGACUUCGUGGUGCAGUAUGACGUCCACCUGAAUGACAUCAUUGGGGACAUACAGAUUUACAAUGGCUAUUUUGUGCACUACUUUGCUCCCCGAGGUCUCCCGAUUGUUCCCAAGGACGUGAUCUUUGUGAUCGAUGUCAGCGGAUCCAUGAUUGGAACAAAGAUCAAACAGACAAAAAAAGCUAUGCACACCAUUCUGAGCGACCUCCGACCCGACGACCACUUCAACCUUAUCACCUUCUCAGACCAGGUGGAGAUGUGGAAGGCAGACAGCACGAUCCAGGCCACUCCUCACAAUGUGAAGAGCGCCAAAGACUUUGUGAGCAAAAUCGAAGCUAAUGGAUGGACAGACAUCAACUCAGCUCUGCAGAAGGCUGCCUCCGUCCUCAAUGGCAGUGCAUCACAAGACAGCUCAGGCAGUCGGCGAGUUCCCUUGAUUAUUUUUUUGACAGACGGGGAACCCACCACAGGAGUGACAUCCGGGGAGAGAAUUGCCCGUAACGCCAGGAAGGCCCUCGGCUCCGCCUCGCUGUUCGGGCUUGCUUUCGGGGAUGACGCUGAUUUCCCGCUGAUGCGCCGCCUGUCCAUGGAGAACCGUGGGGUGGCCCGCCGCAUUUACGAAGACUCUGACGCAGCCUUGCAGCUCACAGGCUUCUACGACGAAGUGGCCAGCCCUUUACUCUUUGACAUCCAGCUUAACUACCUAGAUAACCACGUGUAUGAUGUCACCCAGGCUCUCUUCCCAAACUACUUCCAGGGAUCUGAACUUGUGGUGGCUGGGAGACUCCAACCGGGAAUCCAGGACCUCAAAGUGAGAUUAACUGCUUCUGAUUCCAAGAAACGUUUAGAUUUGGAAAACAAUGUGGAUGCUCCAAGCCUCACAAACUCUACUUUGGGGUGCCCAGGAGAGCUGGGAGGAAUCUCUAACUUUGUCCGUCGUUUGUGGGCUUAUUUCACCAUCAGGGAGCUCUUGGAAGCCAGGAUUAACACGACCGACCCUGCCACUCGACGCCUGCUGACAGAGAAAGCUACCAAUCUCUCCCUUAAGUACAAUUUCGUCACACCUGUCACUUCUCUGGUUGUUAUAAAGCCUGAUGAUGAGGAAAGUCCUGCCACCAGUCCUAUGACUACCACCACCACCACCACCACCACCUCCAGACCCAGCACUACAAGUACAGUAGCUCACACCUCUCUCCCAGUGUCCAGAACCGUUAUGCCACCAGCUACGGACAACCACCACCCAACACCAACCACUGCUACUAAAAAAUUACCAACUAGCAGCACGACUACAAAGAUCAAUUCAAAAACCAGCAAAGCUGAACCCACUGUUCCCCAACCCAAGACCCAAAACUCUCCCGUUGGCCUACAAACUACGGGGCGCCCCUUAACCACUUCCUCCCCACUCCCCACAGCCACAAGCCCCCGUGUGACUAAUCCCGUGACCUCAGACUUUGAGAAUGGUACAGCAAUCUCCAGUGAUGCCACCCCACUCCCUCCUGCAACCGCCACUGCUGUUUCCAUCAACACCAUGCCUGGCGGGGUGAACCAGACUUUUGCAGGAGACUCUGUCAGGACUACUGUACCUUCUCCCAUAUUGGCAGUGCCAGCCUCCACCCCAAGCCGCCCACCUCUUCACGGCACCACAUCUGUGCCACAAGCCCAAGAGAUAGCCACAGAGUUCCAAGUGCCAUCUUUUAUCAACAUCACUUAUAAGUCAAUGGUUAUGCCAACAGAGGUGCCCGACAGAGGGGAGAUAAUGGGGCAGAUAGAUGGACAGCAGGUGACAGUGGAGUUCCUAACGACAGAGAUCUCUGAGAAUGAGUACGGCACUGAGGAUGUAGACCUGCUUGAUGGUGAUUAUGACUACUCACAGUAUGAUGACCAUAUGAACCCCCAUGCGAAGGGUUUGAAGAUGAAAGCCUCAGUGUCUGAUUUGGUCAUUGCGCCCCACCCAGGCACAAUGUUUUCAUCUUCAGUGGAUGGAGAUCCUCAUUUUGUGGUUCAUUUGCCAAAAUCUGGUGAAAAUAUCUGCUUUACCAUUGAUGGAAAAGCAAAUGACGUUCUCCGACUGGUAGAUGACCCUAUUACAGGCGUGAAGGUGACUGGACACUUGAUGUGGGCUCCCGCCAAGAUUGGUUUUGAGGAUCGAACCCGCACCUACUUUGACCAGCUGAACAUCUCCAUGGAGACAAGUGGUUCAGACCGCUGGGUCGUCCUGGUAACAAUGGAUUCCAUUACCCUGAUUGGGGAGGACCGUCUCACGCUGCGUACCGAUAAGCCAGCCACCAUACAGAGGCGGGGCUUCACGAUCACUGUGGACCAAUUACUGAGGGUCUGGAUCCAGUUGGACCGAGGUGUGGAGUUCCUGGUCCUGUUUCAUCACUAUAAGCACCCGUCCUAUUUGCAGCUCAGCCACCUUGGCUUCUAUAUCUCACAAGGGAAGGGGCUGUCUGUACAGACGCAUGGGCUGCUGGGUCAGUUCCUGCAUGCUGAUAUCUCUGUUGUGAGAAUGAAAGACACGUCGGGGUCCCCGGGGGCCCACAGUGGUGAGAAGCUGGCGAGUGGAGAGCUGAGGAGGGGAGGGGAGAGGAUUCCUGUGGUGCUGGAAGCCAAGCAGCUGAAGGACACAGUGAGACGGAGACAUAAUGGACAGUGCUGGAUCCUUACCAGGCAGUAUGUGGAGCGGCUGAUUGGUGGCUCUUACAAGAACUAUAUCGUCGAGCACAUGUAAACUACCAGACAUUUAUAAUAACAUAUUCAUUUAUUUUAAACCAUGAUAUCUAGUUCUAAAUCUGUUUAAAGAAGUAUCUGUUUGCAAGCUAUGCUUUCAGUUAGUGUUGCACUUUCAUGGUCACCUGGAGGGUGAAAUGUUUCCAACCCUUUCAAUGGCUUUUUUCCUGUAAUUAACUAGCUUCUAGAAAUAUUAAAAGAAACAAAAAAAAUGGCAAACUAGAAGUCUUUUUCAGCUUUGUCAGUUUGCUGUAACAUUUCAGCAUGUUGAGACCUAUGUAACUGAUGAAAGUGUAGAACAGUAUGUAGGGAAUUAGUCUCUGAUCGGGCAUUCCAGCUGCAACAAAAGAAUGGCCCAUCUGUGCUUGUCCGGUUUCUUGAUCCCAAUACUUUGUCAAGUUGGGUCUUAAAGGAUCCCAAUAAUCUUAAAUAUAGGUGCCACAUUUGCAAACUGUGUCAUCUCCUCAAACAUGUCUGCCAGCGGCUUGGCAAUGACCUCCCUUGUCUCUUAUAUUGCUGUGUCCUCUGCACUCCUCGUGCUGUCUCUUAUAUUGCUGUGUCCUCCUCCUCUACACUCCUCAUGCUGUCUCUUAUAUUGCUGUGUCCCGCUCUACACUUCCCAUGCUGUCUCUUAUAUUGCUGUGUCCUCCUCCUCUACACUCCUCAUGCUGUCUCUUAUAUUGCUGUGUCCUCCUCUACACUCCUCAUGCUGUCUCUUAUAUUGCUGUGUCCUCCUCCUCUACGCUCCUCAUGCUGUCUCUUAUAUUGCUGUGUCCUCCUCUACGCUCCUCAUGCUGUCUCUUAUAUAUUGAUGUGUCCUCCUCCUCUACACUCCUCGUGCUGUCUCUUAUAUUGCUGUGUCCUCCUCCUCUACACUCCUCAUGCUGUCUCUUAUAUUGCUGUGUCCUCCUCUACGCUCCUCAUGCUGUCUCUUAUAUUGCUGUGUCCUCCUCUACACUCCUCAUGCUGUCUCUUAUAUACUGAUGUGUCCUCCUCCUCUACACUCCUCAUGCUGUCUCUUAUAUAUUGAUGUGUCCUCCUCCUCUACACUCCUCAUGCUGUCUCUUAUAUAUUGAUGUGUCCUCCUCCUCUACACUCCUCAUGCUGUCUCUUAUAUUGCUGUGUCCUCCUCUACACUCCUCAUGCUGUCUCUUAUAUUGCUGUGUCCUCCUCUACACUCCUCAUGCUGUCUCUUAUAUACUGAUGUGUCCUCCUCCUCUACACUCCUCAUGCUGUCUCUUAUAUUUAUGUGUCCUCCUCCUCUACACUCCUCAUGCUGUCUCUUAUAUAUUGAUGUGUCCUCCUCCUCAACACUCCUCAUGCUGUCUCUUAUAUUGCUGUGUCCUCCUCUACGCUCCUCAUGCUGUCUCUUAUAUUGCUGUGUCCUCCUCCUCUACACUCCUCGUGCUGUCUCUUAUAUUGCUGUGUCCUCCUCUUCACUCCUCAUGCUGUCUCUUAUAUAUUGAUGUGUCCUCCUCCUCUACACUCCUCAUGCUGUCUCUUAUAUUGCUGUGUCCUCCUCUACGCUCCUCAUGCUGUCUCUUAUAUAUUGAUGUGUCCUCCUCCUCUACACUCCUCAUGCUGUCUCUUAUAUUGCUGUGUCCUCCUCCUCUACACUCCUCAUGCUGUCUCUUAUAUUGCUGUGUCCUCCUCUACGCUCCUCAUGCUGUCUCUUAUAUUGAUGUGUCCUCCUCUACACUCCUCAUGCUGUUUCUUAUAUAUUGAUGUGUCCUCCUCCUCUACACUCCUCAUGCUGUCUCUUAUAUUGCUGUGUCCUCCUCUACACUCCUCGUGCUGUCUCUUAUAUUGCUGUGUCCUCCUCUACACUCCUCAUGCUGUCUCUUAUAUUGCUGUGUCCUCCUCCUCUUCACUCCUCGUGCUGUCUCUUAUAUUGCUGUGUCCUCCUCCUCUACACUCCUCAUGCUGUCUCUUAUAUUUAUGUGUCCUCCUCCUCUACACUCCUCAUGCUGUCUCUUAUAUAUUGAUGUGUCCUCCUCCUCUACACUCCUCAUGCUGUCUCUUAUAUUGUUGUGUCCUCCUCUACACUCCUCGUGCUGUCUCUUAUAUUGCUGUGUCCUCCUCCUCUACACUCCUCAUGCUGUCUCUUAUAUUUAUGUGUCCUCCUCCUCUACACUCCUCAUGCUGUCUCUUAUAUAUUGAUGUGUCCUCCUCCUCUACACUCCUCAUGCUGUCUCUUAUAUUGCUGUGUCCUCCUCCUCCUCACUCCUCGUGCUGUCUCUUAUAUUGCUGUGUCCUCCUCCUCUACACUCCUCAUGCUGUCUCUUAUAUUGCUGUGUCCUCCUCUACACUCCUCAUGCUGUCUCUUAUAUUGCUGUGUCCUCCUCCUCUACACUCCUCAUGCUGUCUCUUAUAUUGCUGUGUCCUCCUCUUCACUCCUUGUGCUGUCUCUUAUAUUGCUGUGUCCUCCUCUUCACUCCUCAUGCUGUCUCUUAUAUUUCUGUGUCCUCCUCUUCACUCCUUAUGCUGUCUCUUAUAUUGCUGUGUCCUCCUCCUCUUCACUCCUCAUGCUGUCUCUUAUAUUGCUGUGUCCUCCUCCUCUUCACUCCUCAUGCUGUCUCUUAUAUUGCUGUGUCCUCCUCUACACUCCUCAUGCUGUCUCUUAUAUUUAUGUGUCCUCCUCCUCUACACUCCUCAUGCUGUCUCUUAUAUUUCUGUGUCCUCCUCUUCACUCCUCGUGCUGUCUCUUAUAUUGCUCUGUCCUCCUCUACACUCCUCAUGCUGUCUCUUAUAUUUCUGUGUCCUCCUCUUCACUCCUCGUGCUGUCUCUUAUAUUGCUGUGUCCUCCUCCUCUACACUCCUCAUGCUGUCUCUUAUAUUUCUGUGUCCUCCUCUUCACUCCUCGUGCUGUCUCUUAUAUUUCUGUGUCCUCCUCUUCACUCCUCAUGCUGUCUCUUAUAUUGCUGUGUCCUCCUCUACACACCUCAUGCUGUCUCUUAUAUUUCUGUGUCCUCCUCUACACUCCUCAUGCUGUCUCUUAUAUUUCUGUGUCCUCCUCUUCACUCCUCGUGCUGUCUCUUAUAUUGCUGUGUCCUCCUCCUCUACACUCCUCAUGCUGUCUCUUAUAUUUCUGUGUCCUCCUCUUCACUCCUCAUGCUGUCUCUUAUAUUUCUGUGUCCUCCUCUUCACUCCUCGUGCUGUCUCUUAUAUUGCUGUGUCCUCCUCCUCUACACUCCUCAUGCUGUCUCUUAUAUUGCUGUGUCCUCCUCUACACUCCUCAUGCUGUCUCUUAUAUUUCUGUGUCCUCCUCUUCACUCCUCAUGCUGUCUCUUAUAUUGCUGUGUCCUCCUCUACACACCUCAUGCUGUCUCUUAUAUUUCUGUGUCCUCCUCUUCACUCCUCGUGCUGUCUCUUAUAUUGCUGUGUCCUCCUCUACACUCCUCAUGCUGUCUCUUAUAUUGCUGUGUCCUCCUCUAUACUCCCCAUGCAGUCAUGUCAAGUCAAUUCAUAUGUUGUAAAUCCCUUAAAACAAACCUCAAAUCUCACAUUAUAAAAUACACACAUAAAUAAUAACAUUGUGGCAAAAACAUGGUAAAUAUUGGCAUUGCUGUCCCACUUCAGCUGAAAUGACCCAGAAAGUACAGCUCCAUAGAGCAGCUCUCUCGUGAUUUUGUUUUUUAAAUAUGUAACCUUUUAUUGGUUUUCAAGAAUAAAACUGAAAUACUUCCAAAAAAUAAAAAUAUGUUGAUAUGAUAUCAAAUAUCCUUACAAAAAAAUGAACUGUGUGUAUUGAAUACGACACACAAAUACUUAAUCUUAAUGGAUUAUUGUUUUUAUUGAACAUAUAAUAGCUUUUUAUUAGAUAUUAUCAAUGUGUUUGUUUGGGAACUAUUUGGUCUUGCAGAAUAGUUCAUGUAUUUAUAAGAGUGUUUCAUGUUAAUGUGUUGCUUCCAGAUUUCAUUGCAUUGCUUAUGUUUUCCAUCUAUGGCAUUGUGGCAGAACAGGGCUCUGCCCUUAGAAAUACUGGCAGGGAUGGAGUUAAAUUCUCCUCCCUUCCCAGGUUGAUUGCGUCAGGUGGGAGCAAUCAGUCAAUUAAUUAUUCAAAUAUUACUCAGCCACCUGGCACAAAAGGAGGCCUCAGCCUCCCAGUAGAGAGUGAGUUCUAGGAGAGGAAAAAUAAGGCUUCCAGGCUGGGCGUUACCUUCACUGGAUUCAAAAAUAAAAAGAACAGCACACACACACAAAAAAAACCUCUUGCUUCCUCCCCUUCUAGAACUCUCUCUCUACUGGUGUAUUUCCCUGACCAAUUCUCCACGAACUAGGAAGGGGUAUAAUAGGUAUGUGUACCCACAAUGUAACAGGGUAGGUAAGGGAUGGGUUGUACUGGAAACAGAAAUGCAAGUGAGGGUAAAACUAGAGAUGACAAUUUAUUAGAAAGUGAAAAAUGAGUAAAUUGGUGACUGUCAAAUCAAAUACAAUGUACAAAUGACAGACAAGCAGACUGAAUGUUCUUGUGUUGUAUUGUAAUAAAAAUCUUGAUUCUUAAUAAGUUUUACGGAUAAUAUAUUGAUUUUUUUUUUUUAAAUCUCCUACUUGAAAAGUUUUAGUAAUUAAAAAUAUCUAGAAGCCUACAUGUGUUAAUGCUAAGAAAGAGAUCACUGUCCUGAACAUUGCUGAAAACAAUAUGACUGUAUCCAUUUGUUCAUCUUGUCAUUCAAACCUGUUGCUAUUGUGGUUACUGUAUUGCUGCUGACAGCAAACACUAUUCUGUUUUUUUAAAACUUAAUUUGCUGUACCAAAUUUAAACAGAUAGAUUGACCGUAUAGCGAGGAAGUAGACUUAGUCUACAGUUGUACAAAUGUUCAAAAGUUUAGCAUCACCCUAUAGAUAUCUAAUUUUGCUUCAUAAAGUCAAAUCAAAACUUCUGAAUAAUGUUACGUUAACGUAUUGAAGGUUUCCAUAUACUUAACGAAAAACUGACACAAAUUUAAAAAUUUGACAUUUUGAAAUCUAACAUGAUAUACUGUACUAUUAUUAUGGCUUCCGGUAGACUUUCGCAAUAUCAUGUUGUAGUUUCUUUGAUUACAUGAUGUUAAAUAAAAGAUAUAAAUGAUGUUCAUACAGUUGUUUUUAAAUGAUGUCUCAAUCCUAAAAUUCUAGCUGAUGCAAAACUCUUUGCCAGAGCUGUAUUGACAGCCAGCAUUCAGAGGGGUGUACUGGAUGGAGAUUCUUUCAUCAAGCAGAAAAAAAGGUCAAAUACAGGAAUACUGUAUUUACGUAUUUUCCAACGGAUUGAUUUGGAACAGAGAUUAAACAGAGUUUGAAAGCUAACGUUUGAGGUCCUUUACCAGAGCUUAAGGACCUCCUAUUGACAAAUCCAGUUAAAGGAAAUCCCAACCCAUUUCCUAAUAUGUCAUAGUAUCCCACCCCUUUAUUUAUGGUUCCUAGUCAGAGCGGAGCUUCACGUCAUUUCCGUAGUUUUUAAAUUGGUACAACUCAGAUCAAGCUUCAUUCACGCUGUAUCCUGUAUAAAGGAGGCACCUGUUUUCAUGGGAGAAUUCUUAUAUAUUUUACACAACUGCAUACAUGAAAUUUUAUACCAGAUUAUAAAAAACUAUCAUUAAUGUCACUGACUAUAUCGGAAAAUAUAAGUGUGCCACAAGAAGAGAGAGGGUCAUUUUAGCCCUUAUACGAAUGCCAGUUUCUUACCUCAUCUGAAGAACUCCACACACAAAGUGAACUCCCGGUCUCAGGAGAACAAACCCAUCUCUUACCCAGAGAUCAUUGUGAUGUAACCCUUUUUCUCACCAUCGUCGGUGUCCCUCUUCCAUAAAACCCCACGUCAUUAUAGAUCAUUGUCCAAAUUUGAAAAUAAGUUCAUCAUCCUACGAAGAAACCGUGUAACAGGUCUUCUUACCUCAUCUGAUGAACUCCACACACAAAGUGAACCACACCGCAGGAUGUAGACAAGAGGGUGGGAGGCUAGAUGUUAGUGGAGGAAGCCACAGGUAACACAGUGAGCAAAAGCAGGCUGAGAACAAGACACAUCCCUGGUUAUUAUAUGACCAUGUUUGUAUUCAUUAUAUAGCAGAAUUACUAUAUCAAAAAUAUGCAAAAGAAACCAAUGCCUAAAUGACAUCUGAAAUAAAUUGGAGUGCCACCCAUUCUACUGUAAAGAGUAUUGAUUUCUCCUCUAAUCAGUACUUUCUGUUUUCUACAUGUUAACCACUCCCUAAUCCAUGUGCAUGCAUUUCCUUGAAUCCCUACUGAGUUCAGUUUGUGAAUUAAUCUUUUAUGCAGGACUUUGUCAAAAGCUUUCUGGAAAUUUAAAUAAACAUAUGCUUUGUAAUUA